AUGGAUAUAUUGCCUACAGGUAUACCACAACUAUCUCAUAUUCCACAGAGAAAAAAUGCAUUGCCAGAUGGAGUUAAUGAUGAUUCUAUAUUACAGAUUUUACCGUUGAAGCAUGCCAAUGUAGUGGUUAUGUUAACUUCGACAAGACUAUUGGUGUACAAUUUUAAACCACUGGCUUUAGUUGCUUGUCAUGAGAGAAGUGUUGAUUCUAUAAAUGAAUUUGGUAUGAAUAAAUUGUUAUGUAAUUCAGAAAUAUUCAUGGAUGAUUCAAAAGGUACUCAAUUCAAUUUGCUUGAAUUGUUACCAAUUAAUAGGGGUAAAAAUGUAUUAUAUAUUAUCACUGAAAAUAAUUUUGUUAUGGCAUAUCAAAUAUUAAAAGGUGCUACUGAAAAUUCAAUCUACCAUGAAUAUGGGAUUCCAGUAUAUAAUGUGUCAGGAGAAUCUGACUUUGUUGAUCAACAAUUAGAUGAUGCUUUUGAUGAUGAUACAUUGAUUGUUUUUGAAAAAAAUAAGUCUAACAAAGUUAUACAAAAUGGUUAUGCAACUAAAAAGGAAAAAGGGCUUUUACAAUAUCUAACUUCUAAUUCUAAUACUUUAGAAGAACUUCCGAUUAAAAGGGUGGAACUAAGAUUAAGAAUAAUUUUAAAAUUCGAAUUUGAAAUACAUGAAGCACUUGGUUUCAAAUCUAUCGUUUACGAUGGUGAGCCCAAUAUUAAUGAUAAUUUAAUUUUGCUUUCAAAAGAUGGUGCACAUAUCCUUUACAUGCAUGAAUUCAAAUUGAUUAGAAUGGAUUUCAUUUUGGUUCCUAAUUCAAUUUCACUUAGAUUAUUAUCAAAACAAUUAUUUAUACUCUCAAAAGAUACAGCUAAUCAGAAUUAUAAAUUUAAUGAAAUUGACGUUAAGCAAAAAGUAAUUAAGAAAUCAUUACCAUUAGAUUCAAAAACUGUUGAUAAUUCUUUUACCUUAAAUCAGCAUCUAGUGUUAAAGAGUCAAAGUGAUAUGAUAUACUAUGAUAUUCCAAGUGAGAAUAUAACUUUUCAAUGGAAUGCAAGAAAUAAAAUACAAUAUUGCGGGAAAAUCAACGACACUUGUAUUUUAAUCAUAUCCGACCAUUAUGAAUUAUAUAUAUACUCUACAUUUGGUAACAUCAUAUAUUCAACCAAUAUAGAUGAAUUUGCUCUAAGUGAGACGAAGAUCACUGGUCAUAUUUAUAUGGAUAUGAAAUUGAUACUAACAACAGACAAUGGAUCUUAUCAAGUAUGGAGCUUUAUGGAAGAAUACCCACAAUUAUCAAUUAAUUUUAGGGGCAUGAAACCGGUUAUUAUGGGUGAUACAUUGAAUAAUAUUAUUGUAUUUUCAGCAGCUUCAGAUAGUUAUCUGAAGAAUGACAUCAUUCCCUUGUCAAAACUACCGACGAAAACUUUGAAUAAUUAUUGUCCACUAAUAAGAGUAACAAAUAAUAUGAAAUUGAUGGCAGUUUAUAUCGCUAAUAAAGACAUUCUAUUGAUUCAAAACCUUUUCUCAGAUAGAUGGUAUACAUUUUCAGUUGAUACUAUAAUUGAAAUGCAAUGGUUAUCAAAUAACUACCUAAUAUGUCAUAUUAGGAGAGAUGACCACAGUGAUUAUUUAAUAUGUCUAAGAUUUCCCUUAGAUAUAGAUUAUGAUGAAGAUAUUUCAAAAUACUCGAUUUGGGAAUAUGAAAUACCUAAAGAAUUCAAAAUGAUUAAUUUCUUCGUUAAUACUACAUUCAGGUAUAAACCAAUUCAAAGAAAAGGUGUUAAACCAGGUGAAGCGGAUGCUUUAACUACUCAACUUAUGAAGACAGGUGAAAUUAUACUUGCCUUUGCCAACCAUAUUUCUGUCAUUGAUAUAAUAUCGACUGUCCAUCCAUCUGGCUUUAAUAUUAUAAAGAGAUUCCAUCCACAUGCGGUGUUUCACCCUGAAGAUACUAGAAUGAUUCUAUGCAUGAAAUGGGUGACAAAUUUCAGAGAUGGUCUUUUAUUAUUUAGUGAAAAUAAGAUCUACAAAGUUGUUGGGAACAAAAAAGACAAUUGUCAAAAAACCGUUGUUGCCAAUAACAUCGAAUGCAUAUUAGACAUAGUAAAAGACAAUAUUUAUUUUAUAAAGGAAAAUUCAAUUGUCUCUUAUUCAUUAGAAAACCUAUGGAAUAACGAUAAGGAAGAUAUUCAAUUUCCAAUUAAUGAUGACUUUUAUCCCUUAUGUGUAUCCCCAGAAAUUGCAGUAACCCAUGGUAUCUAUUGCACCAAAAGUUCUGAUAGGUUGCUCUUCAAGAUAAAGCAUAGUUUGUUUUUGGAUGUUGUGAUUAAUUCUAGACUAAAUGGCGACGCUAAUAUUAUAGAUAUUAACUCAGAGUACCAGCAGUUUCAUCAUUAUGAAUUUUCAUUAGAGAAAAUUCUGUCAUAUAAAAUAAUAGAAAAUGCCAAGCUAGAUAUAAUCGUUGAUUUAAUAAAGCAAUUUAGCGGUAUACCUUUAAAAGAUGAAAUAAAUGAUGACAAUGCCAAUAGUUCAUUAUUAAGGAUAAUUAGUAAUUGUCUAAGAAAAAUUGAGACUAAAUAUUGGAACAAACUAUUCCAAGAACUAAAUAUAACCCCUCGUGAAUUACUGACCGCAUGUAUCAAGACUAAUGAAACUAAAACACUAGGUAUACUUUUUUUCGUAUUUUUAAAUUAUAACCAAGAAGAGUUUAUUAAUGAUCUAAAGGGGGAAACUCAAACAGUUGCAACUGGAAACUCAAAAGUAAGUGAAAAUAGUUUGGAAUAUGUUUAUAAAGAUGAAGAACUGAUGUAUGAAAUCCUCAAACUAUUAGUGACAGAUGCAUCAAAGUGCGUGGAUAGACAAAAGGCAACCGAAUCAUGGGAUAUUUGCUUCCAACUAAUUAGAUUCCUUCGGAACUUAGAUAAAGAAAAUAAUACAAACUUAGUUGAAAAUGCAAUGGAAAUGUUAUAA